ACUCUUCGUUAGGGCUGCCUCCAGUAAGUCUAAUGACACCUAACCAGACCCGAUCCGUAUAGUCCAUGACGCAUGCCAGGUCCUGAUAACUAUCCAUUGAAGAUAUUACAUGGAUAUCCCAGAUGUACCCGUGGGGAGGGUUACAUUCCCGAGUUCGGGUCAUUAAUGGAUCACAGCGAAAAUCUCCUUUAUAUAGUAGAAGAUAUAUAGUUAACGCCCCGUCUCAAUUCAUUGACUCUUGCCAGAGGUCAGGAGAGAGACCCUUCACAAUUCCACACCCUCACAUAUACUUAAUAGUUACCAAUCGACUCAACAUGUCAGCCCAAUCUCAGAUCUGUAUCACUAUUACCGGAAUCCGAAAGCCCGGCAUGAGCGAGCAAGAGUUCCACGACUAUAUCGUCCAGCAUCAUUCCCCGCUGGCAAUCCCAUUUCUAGCCAAGUACGGCAUCCAGGAGUAUAAUCUGGUGGACAACUUCGCCGCGUGUCGCCCGUACGCGGAGGCUCUGCAGAUGUCCAAGAAAAUCGCCGACUACGAUUACGUCGUGCAGUUUGUCAUGAACGACAUCGAGGACUUCAAGCAUCUCUGGGAAGACCCGGAGUUCCGUCGUGCGGUGAAGCCGGAUCAGCGGAAUUUCGCUGAUGAGACUCGAUCAGGGGUGACAAUCGGGUACCGGACGAAGUUCAUGGAUCCUCUACGAGAUGCGGCGGGUCGGGUUUGAAGAAUUAGUUAUGUAGUUCAUCUAACAUAACUAAAGAGUUCCUCUAGAUAUUUAGAUAAAUUUAUAUUUUAUAGAUUAGCU